AUGGAGGAGUUGAAUGAAAAGUAUCCAGACUAUGAAGAAAUGGAUAUAGAAACUUUAGAUAGCGAAUUACCGUACCUUGACAAGGAUCUUAGAGAAAGCGAAACUCCUGAGGAGACCCAGGAUAUUAACGAGGAAAUUAAUUACGUACAGGAACUGAGGAGGAGAAAAAUACUGGAAACAUAUGAAAGCAAAGACCUUACGCGAGAGCAAUUAGCCGAGAAAUUUCCUGACCUAUCUAAUCUGUCAUAUGAUGAUCUAAUGGAUAGGGGAGACAGACUGUUAAACGAAUUGGUACUAUCCAGUUUGGAUGAAGACAGUUUAAAAGAAAAGUCGGAAGAACUGAGAUACGUCAGAAUGCUAUCAAAUGAUUACCAAAGAGAGUCAAACUUAAAUAAACUUCUCAACUUAAGAGAUAAGGUGAAAAAGAGGGAUCUCAUUAAACGGGAUGAUCGUAGGAGACUGCAGAGGCUCAGGUUAUGGGCAAGGGAGAAUGCAGGCAUCUUAUCAGCUGUUAUAAUUUUCUCAUCAGCUGUAAUCAUAGGACUGGUAGCAUCAACCAGAAACACACUAUGGAAAGUAGGUGACACAACAGGAAAACUUGAUAAGCGGAUCAGUGAGUUGGUAAACCACCAAAUAGAACUACCACCUGUAUUCCAGAAGAUAACCGAUGGAGUAGAGUUAGCAGCGGAUAAUAUAUGGAUAAUCAUUGUAUAUGCAGCAGUAGUUUUAUUAUACAAAUACAACUAA